AUGUCUGAAAUCGCUAAAAAACGAAACGUCGAAAAUUACGAAGAAUCCACUGAUAAACGAUCAAGUGAAUCUGUGUUACUAAAAAAUAACCAAGAACACUUAAGCAAGCGCCAAAGAGUGGAGGGAAUAGAUAACAAUCCUUAUCUUGCUCACCGCCAAAUUACCAAAAGUCCUCUUGAUGGGUGGUUUCCAGGAAGAACUACUGCUGAACAAGCUCGAAUAGCCGAAGAUGGUGAUAUAAAUCCAUUCACAAAUAAACCCUUUAGUAAACGAUAUCGUGAACUUUUAAAAGCUCGCCGAACCUUACCUGUACACGCUCAACGAAAGGAAUUUCUUGAUCUGGUUCAUGAGAGCCAAUUUGUUGUAUUUGUCGGUGAAACUGGCUCUGGGAAAACGACACAAAUUCCGCAAUUUUUAUGCUAUGAUAUACUUCCACAUUUGAAGAAAAAACAAAUUGCAUGCACACAGCCACGUCGAGUCGCUGCUAUGUCUGUAGCUCAACGUGUAGCUGAUGAAAUGGACUUUAAACUUGGUGAAGAGGUCGGAUACAAUAUCCGUUUUGAAGAUUGUUCGGGACCAAAGACUAUGCUUAAGAAUAGAUAUUACUAA